AUGUCAUCUCCAGCCCAAAUCACCGCUUCCGGGACCAACCCUACCAGCCCCCCUACCGAGACGCCCGCGAUCAGCUCCAUCCCAGGCUACCGAUUCGACCUCACUCGACCUGAAGGGAGCCGGAACGUGCGUACGGAGUCCGAUUUCGACUCUCUGCACGGCGCACAAGGCAAGCUCCAGGUCAUCUCCUACUUCCCACUGGGAUACCGUGGCGAGCCGUCGACUCACUUUGAGAAGAGCUGGGAGGCUGCUGUCCCCGUGGUCAAGAGUUGGCUCGAACACCUGUCGACGAGCUCUAUCGGGGCGGAAGACCACAAUGCAGGCCUGAACAAGGCUGCAGACACCCUGACAGCGGACGGCCUCUCGGCUCUCACUCCGUUUCUGGAGGCUCAGGCUCCAGCUGGAGAUUCAGAGGGGGGAGCCAGAGCUCCAGGUGGUGUCAUCGUGAUCACCAUGGGUGAUGAGAGCCGACGUUUUGACCUGAAGAUGCACCACACCGAUACCGCCACCGGUCUCGCGUCGUACUCGUAUAGGUACACCGGAGACACUGCGGCCGAGACACAGACGUCGAAGGCAGACAUCCUGAUGGUGGCCAGAACUCACGACGGCGAGUCCGAGGGCGCAGCUGGGGCCCUGGCGACAGGCAGCGUGUCCGUCCAGGUGAGGCCGAUCUCUGUGGACAGCUCUUCCGGCCUCAGGACCAGGCGUCCCAUCACUUUCACCCUGAAGCCCUCAGACCGCCCAGUCUUCAAGCCGUACACGAACAACCAGUUCUCGGGAGGCGGAUCCAUGUGCGAGGUGACUCUGGCGACUGUCCCAGAUGUGAAGCUGUUCGUUGAGGGCGACUGCAAGACCGUUCAGGAAGCUCUCGAUCGCGGCGAGGAGGCGACCGUGAGCGCCACAAAGGUCGGCUUUUACCCCGCUCUGACCGCCGAGUCCAUGACGAAAUUCUUCACGAAUCUGCACUCGAAGCACACCGUCCCCAUCUCCAAGAAGACACUCCGGUGGGUCAAAGAGAGCGGUCUUGCCGAGCGAGCCGGCUUGAGUGACGGGCUUCCCGAGCUCACAGUGUUUACGGGCAAGCCGAGGAACUUCGUCGAUCCUCACAACCCCAAGGAGUGGGCAAACAUGUGA